AUGGCGACGGCCGUGGCCGGACUCGGCGCUUUGGUCGUGGUCUUGGUGGCCGUGAGUGAGGCGGCCAUUGAUCCGGCCUACGCGAUCAACAUGACGGUGUAUCAUGUCAAUGAGAAAAACUACACCGCCGGCGACGUCACCAACAUGAACACCGCAGACGUCUUUGGGGACCUUUACUUUGAUCUUCGCACCUUCCCAGCUUGUCCCACCCACGCCGCCCGACGCCUGUGCCGCUUCUCACAUCGCGAUGGCGACGACAGCGAGGUGACUUCACCCCUCGAGUGUGCCAUUGAUCCGUUCUCCAUGGACUGUAAUAAUCCCGAGGCCACCAAUACCUCUGAUCUCGCCAUCACGGAGGUCAUUCUCGAGGUUGACUCACGCUUUACCAAUUAUUCACGCUGCAACGACGUGCAUGGCGUCUACAACUGUGUUUGCUAUCCCAAUGAGACGUGUGAUGAGCGUGUUGGCCGCGAAGACGUGGCUGCUGGACACAAGCCUGAAAUCCCUGCCCAAGGCUACACUUGGCAGUGGUGGAAGUACAACUUGGCUCAAUAUCUGGGUGGAAACUGGUUUUCCACUGUGGCAACCGGUCGCUGCAACAGCACUAACGAGGCGGCGCCCUGCUAUUGGCGAGUCGUCGAGGUGCACAAGCGCAUUUCAAAGACCUGCUCCGACAAGCACAUGGCCGCUUACGUGACUCAGCUCAGCCCGCGCUGCUUUGACAACUGCCCACAACCCACCAACCAGACCUCAUCCUGCUGGAUUGGCUGUUUCUUUGACACGCUCAUGGGUCCACAAAGCGCCUCUACAUACUACAAUCCCACUCAGGCAGUGCCCAAGAACAAUCUUUCUUGGGCCUUCCGCCAGCCCUUCAUUUCAGACAAUAUUCAUGAUUUCGGCUGCCCCGCCAUCUAA